GCAGAGGCCUGUUGGUCCACGGUCGCCCAAAUCAUUUUGGCCAAUCAGAACACUGAUCUUGAAUCAGGGGAGAGGAUAGGCUAUAGUGAAGAACAUGUCUGGUGCAGCAGCGAUGUUCGUGUUCUUAUUGCCGGGGAUUCCAAUGUCCAUCGUUUGAAGUCUGCAUGUCCUCCAAAUGCAAGGAUUGACUUUCUGCCCGUAUCUGGUGCAAAGUAUGUGUCUGACCGGAAGGGCUUUAGAAAGCUGCUGCAUCAAGAGCUGAUGUCAGGUUGUUACGACAUAUUGUACCUGCAUCUUGGCUCUAACGAUGUUUGCUGCAAGGAUAGCGAUUUCUACCUUUGUGUGACGGAGAUCCUUGAUGUUGUAUUCAGUGUGUGCACUGAAAUACACGUGGUGCUUUGCGUGAUUCUUCCACGUGAUUUUGAUGUGAGAAUGUUUCCCCGAUGGCCACUCUCAGGGGCACAGUUGAGGAACUACUGCCAGUGGAUAAGGAGCGCAAACAGCAUGCUGUGGGAACUGAGUCACCAUGUGCCUUCUGUGAGAUACAUGGACUAUGGAGCAACUAAACAGAAGUCCCUGUACUUGUCCCAUGAUGGACUACAUCUGAGUGCUGAAGGGGCUAGGAGGUGUUUAGCAUCCAUACAGGACGACCUGCCAAACCAGCUGUGUGUGGACGCUGCUGUUCAAGAUCCUACAGAAUUUAUAUUGUGA